AUGGACAUCAUGCUACAACUAAAUUCAUGGUACUGCAAAAAGCAUUUAAGAAAUGUGAGUGUUAUUUACAGUGUAACCUUGAUUUAACAAAGUGCAAAAUCUGUUUGCUAUAACAAGGUUUUGUUAUAUUAAGUUUUUAUUCUUAUUUUAUUUUUAGUGGGGUAAAGAAAAUCGCUUGUUAUACCGAGGACUUUGCUAUAAAGAGGUUAUCGAGGUUCCACUUUAGUGUUUUAUAAUGGACCAUCUAGCAAUGCCCCAAUAGUCAGUAUUACCACAGUCAGGGUUGUCUCCUGUGCAGCUGUUUUAACCCUUAAGUCCCAACAGUGACCAACUUUAAUUUUCUCCCAACAAUAUCCAUACCUUGUCAAGAGAUUAGGUUAUGAGAAUUUAUGAAAUGAUCACUAAAGAGAAAAUGCUUUGAUCUGCCAUCAAAUUCUCUCGACUAAUUCUUAAAGGAAAUGUACGGAGGUCAGUUUGGAGAAUUUGUAUGUGGAUAUUGGGGCUUAAAGGGUUAAGAUUUGUCAGGCAACACUCCUUUCCAGAACCUCCUAUCCCAGUAAUUUCCAAUUCCUUCUUUUUCGGUGGGGAUGGAGAGUUGGAGGGCAGUGACUAUAGACAUCUUGUGGAACUACACAAUAUGAAAUGAAAGGUCAGAGAAAACAGUGAAGCAUUCAGGGAAAUAUGAGGGAAUAUCUUGGUUCUUAUAUGUUGCAAGCUCUAUAUUGAUCUGAUUAAAUUUCUCCUUUCAAUUUCAGUACAAAAUUAUGCUGCUAAAAGGGAUUUAGGAAAUUUAGAAAUGACCCCCCUCAAUCUAUUCUCUCUAAGAGUAGCUCUGAUAUCAACAUACCGGUACAUGCAAGAAAAAACUUAGCAAGAAUGAACUGUUUUUUCAUUAAUUUUUAUAGCUUUCUAUACCAUAUAACAUUGUAAAAUUAAUGUAAUAUUAUAUUUUUAUUUAUGGCUCAGCACCUAAAUACUGUACUUUUUGUCGCAAUCUAUUAUGUGAACAUGACUAAACAGUAAACCUCAGCUUUUGACAACCCUGUUUAUCCCUUAAAGCCCCAUUGAUUAUCAACAUACAAAUUCUCCAAACUGUUUUCCAUACAUUUUGUUGUAGGUUAGUUGGGAGAAAUUGGUCAAAGAUCAAAGCAUUUACAUUAUACCCUAGCUUGAGAAGACAGCCAACAUAUUGUGAUGCCACCACUGGUUUCCCUGUGAAAUGACGUCUAAGAAACGAGCACAGAAAUUCCAUACUGAUGAUGCUCCUGAUUGGCUGAAGCAAACUCGGCCUGACCAAUCAGCCUGACCACUCGGCCUGACCAAUCAGAGGCACUACUCAGAUCUGGGUAGUAAAGUAUCAUCAGUAUGGAAUUUUGGUGCUCAUUUCUUAGACGUCAUUUGGCAGGGAAACCAGCGUUGCGGUCGCAAAAUGUCAGCUCUUUUCUCAGGCUAAUCAUUUGAAUAAUGCUCCCAGCCUUUACUCUUGAUGAUCAGCGUGCAAAGAAAGUCAAGUGCUGUCUUUUGGGAAAUUCAAAUUACACAAGGAUUGUAAUCAAUCCUGCUAAUCAAAAAGGGUUUGGGGGCUAGCUGAAAUGAUUUGUGGGCUAGUACGGGGUAGCUACAGCUUGCCCGAAUGGCAGGCUGUAAAACUGACUUUCUUUACACCCUGAUGAUGUUCUCUUGAUGUAUGAAUAAUGUAAAAGAAAAUUGACAUUGAUGAGAUUAAUAUUCCUCACUCUUGUGUCAUUCAACAUUGACUGCUGCAUCUUUAGUUUUGUUGGUUACUUUAAUUUAUAAAUAAGAAUUGUCUCUAUUUUUCGUUAUGUUUAUUUAUUAGAUUUGUUAGUACAUUGAAGUGUAAUUUAAAGUUUAAAUUUUGUUUACCAUAUUAUCUUCCAAACAAAUUGUCUAAUCUUCUUUCUUAUUAUUUUUACCUCUAAAGAUAUCAGCAAUCUCUUACUGUAAAUUUUAAGUAAUGGUUUUCUUUGAUUAAUAGGCCAUUUGCACGAUAGCGUCAUUCUACUACUUGAACCAGAAUCCUUUUUGAUUUUCCUUUCAUAUUUAAAUUUGGUAAUCCCAGCGAGGUUUAAAUAACAAAAGCCCUAAAUUGUACAAGAAAGCAAACCCUGUAGGAUUCUGGUCGUAGCAGUAAAAUGGUGUCAUCAUGCAAAUUGAUUGAUUGUAAUCCAUUUUCCAUAACUUCACAAUGUGUUAAAUAAACCAAUAAGUAUUAUACAUCUUCUUUUAGUAUUAUAACAAUACUGUUGGGUGUUAUAUUAAAGUCUAAUCAGUGACCUACUUGUGGUUUUACAACAAUACUUGUCUUUGAAGUUGGCAACAAUUGCUUUGCAUCCACUGCACAUUUUCUUUGGUUUGCUGAUUAAAUUCUAAGAUUAAAAGGGAGAGAGGAAAAAAAACAAACCAAAAAGGGCAAAACAAUGGUUAAAAACAUUUUGUUUUCUUUACUCAAGAAAAUAAAUUUUUUUAUUUGAAAUAAUGACAGGGUAUUAGCUUAUAUCAUGAACAGAAUAAUACAAGGAUGCUUUGAGAUACGGAGUUGAUAUUCUUGUUUUGUAAUCAAUAUCUUACUAGUUUGCUUUUCUCUUUCAUGAGAUAUCAAUUUGACACUAGCAGAUAAAUUUCAUGUCUCUGUGCACCCUGUUUUGUUCUCUUCAUAUAUUUCCUGAAUAAAUGCCUGGAGUAAAGCAUCAAGUGACCAUUGAAAAACUGGUGGAUUCUCCUUUUAAUUGCCUUUGUUUGCUUGAGCAACCAAAAAAGGAAUUUAACAUGAGAUCAGAAGUCAUAUGGACUUCUUCAGUAAUGGAGAUAUAUAUAAGGUAUGAAAGUCAUUCUAACUGGUGUCUAUAUCGUAAAUGUCAGCGAACAAGUUUAAAUCCAUGGCCAGUGUCAUACACUGCUGGAGGAAACCAACGCAUCUUCAUUCGACGGCAACCACGGGUGAACCAGUCGAACAUGCUUAGAAUGUUAGUAUUACAAGGCAAAUGGGUGAAAAUCUUGGUGAUUGGUUUAAUGAAUCUUGGAAAGUUUUGCUCCACAUGCAAGGCAAUAUCUUCCACUGUUGGUUCAUGAAAUUUAAAACAACACCAUUCUCUGGAGACACCAUAAACUGGCUUGACUUUCAAGCUGUUUUUGUCCCAGUAACUUCCUGGUUUGGGCAACUCAGUGGUAUUAAAAUUGUCCCACAGUUUUGUAAGUUCACCCAAGGGAAAAAUGUUUCCCUGUUCUGCAUCAAAAGUGGCUGUCAGUUUCCCAGUCUGGAUGGCAACAAAGUCAUUUUCAACUUUCCAAAUAUCAUUCACCCAUUUAUCAGAAUGUGCAGUAUCAAGAAAUAGUAUGAGUCUGGCCCCUGUUCCUUCAUUUUUGUUUCUCCACCAUUUUAAGAUGCUAUCAAAUGAGAGGGUGUUGUUUUCUGUGAGCGCCCAGUCACCACUAUCUGUUACAUGUCCACUAUAAUACAAAAUGUAUGUAUCAUAGUGCAAUCCAGGAAGAACUCUUUGCUGAAAAAAUGAUGAUAUCUUCUUUUCGAUGUAAUCAGCAGAAAUACCACUAGUUGAAAAAUCUGUACCAAAGUUAUGAAUCAUGUGACUUGAGAAAAAUCUGGACACAAUGUUAAUGAGUUCCAUUGCUUUGGUGUUGACAGCUUGGAAGGCAUUUUCUGCAAGAACAAUGACAUCCCCAGUUGGGCUGUACUUAUGAGCAGGUGCCACUACAGCGUAACCAAUAGCUGUUCCUCCCACAGACUUACCAAGCUUUGUUAGGAUGUCACACAUGAGUAACUCAAUAGGCAGAACAGUCAACAGCAUGCCAAUGAAUAUUGGAUUUGUUUCUUGCCAUGCUGAUGCUAUCACAAGAAUUGUGGAAACUAAAGUAUACAGUGUUACAAUUUGUGACACCAGACAGAAGUGUCUGAGUCCUUUUGAUGCCAUUGUUUCGGACAUGGCAUUGUCACUAUAUUCUCCUCUUGUAUUUACAACAUUACAGCAUUCCUCCAGCUUUCCAACAAAUCCCCAACAUGUUACAAUAAACAUAAAAUGGAACCAAACCCAUGGAAUAGACAUCAGCACAAAUAUGGGCAGUCUAUAUACUGGCAUUUCAGGGUCUUUGAUGAGUUGUGUGCUAAAUCCAUAGAAGAGCACUUCCAAAACCAAGAUUGCAAGUAUCUGAAGUCUAUGAAUGCAUCUUCCAUGAAAUAUGAACUUCUUCCAUGAUUCCAAUAAAGACAGCCUUGAGAAGUAAAUGUCAAUGAUAGAUUCAAACGAAAGAUGGAUGAUAAAAGAUGAUAAAAUGUAAGGGUUGUAAUGGACAUCACUGGCUGGAAAGAAAUACAGACCACCCAGCAAGCACAGGCAGCAGGCGCUGAGAAGGGCCACGCUUGACUUCAUAUGAAAUGCCAUUAAAUGAACUGUGACCGCUACAAUGAUUGUUAGCAUGCUUCCAAAGUGCAUAGUUCCAGUCGUCCCAGAGAGAAAUCCUAGCAGGUACAAGCAUUCUUCUGUUGAAAGGAAGAUAGAAUCGUAUACAGGCGUGCCACAGAUUCUUAAAGUUAACGCUCUGAAGCAAUGAACUGCUGUACUUGUCAUUAUGAGCAUAUCAGUGGCAUCCAAGUCGUGAAGAGAAUCGAUUGGGUGAUCAAACGCAAUUUCGGUGAAGGAUAAAACACUGAAAAGUACACCCAUCCACAAAUGGCUAAAUCCUUUUCCAAACUCUUUGUAUCCGUAAAGAUAAGUAGCUAUAGAAAUCAAAACAGCCACAGAAACCGCGAUAGCAAGAAGAUGGAUGCUCCCAUCUGUUGUAUGGUGAAGCCAGCGUUCUCUGAUACCAUUCGCAGCUCCAGCGAAGAAGAGAAGAAAGCAAAGUGAAGAGGAAUAUUGAGCAACUCUGCUGGAUACUUUAGGUAGCAUGCUAAUUACAGAAGUCACACCCGAUGAAAAUAACGACUGUUCUUCUGCAGAGUUUUCACGCCGGAAUUUCUUUUCAAGGCUUGACUAAAUACCUUUUUAAUUAGAAGCAGCUGAAAGGCAUGAAAUAUACUUUUUCCUCUCCGAGGUCCAGGAGUGGUUAGCACUUAAUUCUUUUGCAAAAUCUACUAAUUAAUUGUAUGUUUUGACAAGUCUUUGACACGUUGCCCAUCCGCCAUUUUUGUUUCUCGAGAUGUCCGCUCAUGUUUUAGCUCUGUUUACUGCUGAACAUUUGCAGGCUCAAAGUUCAUUAUGGUCAAUAUGGCGGACGAUCCAUCCGACAUGGAAGGUUGCGAUCAACAGAAACUGGCAGAUAUUAUCAAAGGAUUGCACGGCAAGCUAAGGAGAGAGUUAAGGGAAGGUAAAUAGUGCUUCAUUUGUUAAGAUGCUAGGUAUCUGUAAAGUUUAAUUUAAAAUUUGUGGAUAUAUGGGCUCAUCAUUUUUACAUGUAAAGCUAACAUACCGUAAAAUUCCGAAAAUAAGCCCAUCCAAAUAUAGGCCCCCCAAACCGGUAACGCAAAAAACCCUCCAUUAAAUCGCCCCUCCAAAUAUAAGCCCCCUCCUCGUCCUCCGGGGGCUUGUACUUGGAAAAUUACAAUGUAAAACAGCAAAAACGGUAAAUUUACUUCCAACUGUAAGGCCAGCCCAAUCGAUUUUGAAACGCAAAUUUCCCUCCGUAGAUAAGCCCCUCCGAAUAUAAGCCCCUUCAAAAAUAAGCCCCUCAAAAAGGGCCUUUGAAAAAUAUAAGCCCUGGGGCCUUUUUUUUGGAAUUUUACGGUAUGUCAUUCAACAGCGACGCUCUUUCCAGUGGGAUAAAAAUAAAAAAAGAAAAAAAACAUCAUUUACAAUACAUGUUCCCUGUAAAGAUCCAUAUAACCCUGCUUUACGGAAAACCGCCUAAUACGCGCACUUUGUUCUUAUGGACAGUUUGCUUUGUACCUUGGGAAGUAAAGAAAGCCCUUACGUUUUCUCUAAAUUCACCCCACCUAAUACAGACACCAAAGGGGCACCCAACGUGAAUUUUUGGAAAAUAUCUGUUCGGAAGACGAUUUGAGAUCUAGAAUUUUCUGAACAUUUGUUGUAAAAUUUCUUGCUUGCCUACCUUUCCCAGGAUUUUCGAACAUCUAACAAAUGGUAUAAUUGCCCAUUUUUAACAGAUUUUUACCCUAAAAAGGUCACCUAGAAUUUUCUGGAGCCUUUUUUCUGGCUGAAAUUUUCAAAAAGGUAAGCUUUGAUUCCUAUAAUUAUUUUCGGAUCACUAGACUUUCAGCUAGGAAAUCCGAGCAGAUGAAAAAUUUUUAGGUGAUAAAAAUAUGCCUAUAUCUACCGUUUAAAUACUAAAAUACAUUCAACAAUGCCAUGUGUUAGUGGUUUUGAACUAUAUUCUUAUUGGGUGCCCCUGACACCCUGUUAAUAUGAACACUUUCUAUGGCCGCCUCUGUGUCCAAAUUAACGGAGUUUGGCUGUACUAUAAUUGCAAAAUUGGGAGACUUUCUUGGGUCGAUGUAGAUUCUAUUUGUUAAAUCCUUCAUGCCUGUUUUCUAAUGAUAAAGCGAAUGGUGACCACAACAAAGUCUGGCAAAGCCACUGUACUGACAGGAAAUCAUUGGAGGAAUAUGCAUCUGCCAUGUACAUGCUAGCUGUCAAUCACUGGACAAGACAGUCCCCAGAGGGGAGGGUAGAGUGGUGUUAUUCAAUGGCAGUGGAGUUCUUCAGUGGGGGAGGACUGAAAAAGUUGAAAGAAAAACAGAAAAGGAGACGACAGUUUUCUGAAACUGUGAACAAAUGUUGCUGCUGUUUUGAUUCAGAGGAAAGUGAGAUUUGUCCUAGUGCUAGGUAAGUGUUUUUUCAGAGAUUAUCAGCAGAGAACUCUGAUAACUUUGAAGGCUUAAAAUGCUGCCUAGUAUUUUAAUUGCCCGUUGGGGGAAAUCUCUAUUCCUCAUAAGCUCGGCUUCUCUGAGAUUUCCCCGCCACAGUCACUCCUCCCAAGUAAUGUACAAAUUUUGAAUUUAAUGUUAAUUAACCUAUUUAUUAUUGUUUUUAUUCUGCUCGUAAUUCAUUGUGUGUGGCAAAAUAAUAAAAUAAAAUAAAAAUAAAAUAAGGCUUAACUCCUUUAAAAAAAGUGCAUGUAGAGACAAUUGCUGAAUAGGAAGUGUGACUGUUUCAAAAUGCAAGAAAGUUGUCAGGUGCCUUAUGUCAUGCCUUGUGAGUAACUACUACAUACCCUCAAGAUCCCACAAAAAACCUGGCCCCAGUUGUUCAGAAGGUUAAUUAUAUAUCAUUAUCCACUGAAUAUAUUCUCUAUUCAGUGGAUAACGCAGUUGGAUUAUCUAAUACUGAUCUGCUGGAUAUUGAUUUACCCCAUGGAUAGUGCUGUACAACACUUGAACCACUAGGCCCAGCCACAAAUCCAGUGAUCCACUUUUUCAAUGUUCACUUGUCAACCAAUUCUGAAAUACUUAACCCCAUCAACCAUACAAUAAGGGUGUGCCAACAAUAAAUUGGUACACCAAUUUUUUCCAAUUUUUUCCAAUUUUUUGCCAAGUUGGCAAAAAAUUGAAAACCCCAUUUUGUAUAGCCUGUUCCAGGCUCAAAGAUAGUGAGAAAAGCAGAUUGCAAGAAGUUGCCUGCGAACUAUGUGGGGGUUGGGGAGAGAUGGAGAAGAGGAGACUGUGAGCAUUGUUUCAAUACCUCAUUCCGAUGUCCAGCUCCUGGCCCGGGUUGUUCAAACGUUGGAUAGCGCUAUCCACCGGAUAAAUCACUAUCCAGCGGAUAGCGUAAUUGAUUUGCGUAAUACUUAUCCGCUGGAUAGUGAUUGAUCCGGUGGAUAGUGCUAUCCAACGUUUGAACAACCGGGGCCUGGUAUACCCCAAGAUUGGUCAUUAUUUUGUGACAGGUUACUUCAACACUUACUUCAGUCAUUUGGCUUCGUGCAUGCUGAGUUUUACAUACAUGUCAAGGACAGAAACCCUCCCACACUGCACCUUUUGAUGUUUUGACCUUUGACAUUUUGACAGGAGAUAAAGGUUUUUUAGGAAGAGGGCAAGGUGGUGUGUGGAUUAAGGUAUUUGAAAAGAUGAUUACAGGCUCUCUCCUUCUCUUUUCCCGCUGAUUUUUUAUCAUUUCCUAUUUCACUGCUCACUUAUUUUUUUUAUUCAUUGGCACUGACCAAGGGCCUGGCAUAGGCUACAUCUUGUCAUUUGAGGACAGUUAUAUUCAUGGUGAACAUCAUAUUUUUUCCCAGAUUUCCAUCAGCAAAUGGCAAGUUACUUCUUCUUGAUGUUGGAAGUUGCUUCAAUCCAUUUGCUGCUUAUAACAACAUUGAUCCACUUGCCAUAGAUCUGCAACCUGCAAUCUCUGUAAGUAUGACUUCUUCUUUGAUCAAUGUUAGGACCAACCACCUUAGUCCGUUUUUUUUUUUCAGUUUGAUAAAACGCCCUUGUGUGCCUUUGAACAGUAAGGUAAAACUUGUAACAUUUUACAUUUUAUGCAUUUUAAGCUAACAAAGUAACUGUAAACUUAUUUCAUAGACUGUUUACAGGUGUGAUUUUCUUAAUCUUGAAGUAAAAGAAAUGCCUCCUUUAACUCAAAAAUGCUGUUCUUGCAAGAAUUAUGAUACAAGUAUGAGAAAUCCAUCAAACGAAAUGUCGCCAGAAAAACAAGACAUGGCUGUCCCAAUUUUUACUGAGCACCUCUGUAAUGGAUCAACUGUGUCAGAGGAAAGCUCUGAAACAUCUCUACAAAGUGGCAAACUUUUGAUGAGCUCAACAGCAUCAAAUGUAGUGAACAAUGGAGACAAACGUAACUUGACAUACGUAGAGCACUAUUUAAAGGAAUUAGAGGGCAAAGAGAUCAAUAUUCUUCCAUCAGAAAUGUUCCACGUUGUUGUAUUUUCCCUUCUUUUGUCUUACUUUCCUUCUGCUUCUCAACGUUGGGAAUGCUGCCAAAAAGCCCAUCAACUUUUACAGACAAAUGGUUUGCUAUUAAUUGUUACGCCAGACUCCAGCCAUCAGAAUAAAAACUCUGCAAUGAUAAAAUCUUGGAAGAGUGCUAUUGAGUCACUUGGAUUCGUGCGGUUUAAGUAUGAAAAACAGACUCAUCUACAUUGUAUGGCAUUUCGUAAGGUUGCACCUUGCCACUCUUGUAACUAUGGCAUGGGUGAUGCCAGUAUGAUGUACAUUCCACAGGACUUCCAAGAGGAAGAAGAGAGUGGGCACCCUGUGGUUUCACAUAGUGAAGAAGACAGUGCUUUAACAAUGGAAUGUUUUAGUGAAUUGCCAGAUUUAUAG